AUGAAACUCAAGCUUACUAGUAAAUAUGGCACAGUUAUUAAGUCAUUACCUGAGACUACGACCUCGGCGGAAUUCAUUCGUACGAUAGAAGCAGAUCCAGUCCUCACUGGAAACAACCAGAUGCUGGUAACCGGCAUUCAAGUUGGAUUCCUUUCCCGAUGCAUUGAUAUUCAAAGAGACGGCAAAACCCUUGAUGAUCUUGGAUUAGCUAGUGGAAGCAAAGUAAGAAUAGAAAUGGAGCCUUGUGGAAGCACUUCUAAAGUCUCGGAUGGGACUCUCCCUAAUGUUGACGACAAGCAUGUUACAGUUACCCAAAUUGAGACAAAGGGUGAUAAUAAGUACAAGAGAGAAAAGGACACCGUUACCAGUGAUAUACCUCUGUUGUAUAUCAAGGAAUUUGAUAGUUAUCUUGUACUUCGGAAUAUUCCUGAUGACAACUCAUGUUUAUUUAAUGCUAUUUCAUAUGCCAUGGUUGGCUACGAUUCAUUUGGUCCUGGAGGAGUGAGUCCUCCUGGUCAACUUCGACAAGUUGUGGCAGAGCAUAUCAUGACUAAUGUGGAUGUUUAUGACGCCACUGUCUUGGAUAGACCAGUGGAUGAAUAUAUCGAAUGGAUUCAAAAGAAGGAUUCUUGGGGUGGAGCAAUUGAGCUUGGAAUAUUGAGUCAGUGGUUCAAUGUGAGUAUCUUAUGUUUGGAUAUUGAAACAGAUAAAUAUAUUACAUUUGAUGCCAGUGAGAAUCCUAGAGGAUAUAUCGUAUUGGUAUACAGCGGCAUUCACUACGAUGUACUAGCUCAGAACGAACAGCUCCUGAAGGAUGAUUUUGUUAAGAAAUGGGAUACUACUUUAUGGCCUUUGGAGAACCAAGCAAUAAAGGAAUAUGGCCAGCAAUUGGGAGCACUACUUCAAAGUCGCACGCCUAAGGGCAUUGACAUCGCACAAGAUUAUGAUAGUAUAACACCACCAUCGUUUGUUGGUGGCCAAGACUGUCGAUCUGCAAAGUAUUCUGGUAAUGGGAAGUUCUUUGCUGCCAGUCAACCUGAUAAGGUUCAAGUUUUCUCUACCGGCGACGGGGCAAAGGAUCAAUACACUAUUGAUAUCAAAGACGCCAUGGAUAUGAUGUUCUCUCCUCAAGGUACUUAUCUUUGUAUUUGGUGUAAACCAAUUUUGCUCGAUAAGGAAAGUGGGAAAUGGAACAAUAAUGUGGCUUUAUACAACGUAGUAGUUAAGGAAUUGGUCACACAGUGGUCGAAUAAAAACCAGGCUGGUUGGAAACCUCAGUUCACAUCAGAAGAAAAGAUUAUGGCUAAAAACAGUGUGAAUUCAAAGCAAAUCGACUUUUACGAAUUAUCUUCAGGGAAACCAUUUGUAUUAAGCCAACCUACUUUCAAAUAUAAAGUCCAAGAUGGCUCUGCCAAUUAUCAAACUUUCCAAAUUAGUCCUGGUAGAAAUCCGUCUAUUGCCAUCUUUAUUCCUGAAAAAUCAGGUAAGCCAGCUUCAGUUCAGAUCUUUAACAUUCCUAAUUUCCAACAACCUAUUUGUUCCAAGUCAUUUUUCAAGGCUGAAAGAUGUCAAUUGAAAUGGAAUUCCUUAGGAACUGCCUUAUUGGCAUUGGCUUCAACUGAUCACGAUACUACCAAUAAGUCAUAUUAUGGUGAAACCAACUUAUAUCUUUUGGGUAUUGCGGGUUCUUAUGACUCACGUAUUAAUUUAGAUAAGGAAGGUCCUAUCCAUGACAUUACCUGGUCUCCAUCUUCUCGUGAGUUCGCUGUCAGUUAUGGUUAUAUGCCUGCGUCUACUACAUUCUUUGAUGCUAGAGGUAAUGCUAUCCAUCAAUUCCCUGAUGCUCCUAGAAAUACAAUUUUGUAUUCUCCCCAUGCUCGUUUUGUUCUUGUGGCAGGGUUUGGUAACUUGCAAGGUACAGUUGAUGUUUACGACAGACAAAACAAAUUCCGUAAGGUUUGUACCUUUGAAGCUUCGAAUACCAGUGUAUGUUCGUGGUCUCCAUGUGGUAGAUACAUUAUGACUGCUACUACAUCUCCAAGAUUGAGAGUUGAUAACGGAUUGAAAGUAUGGCAUGCAAGUGGGAAAUUGAUAUAUGUUAGAGAGUAUCCUGAAUUAUUGGAUGCUGUAUGGAAGCCUCAGUCUAUUGAUAAUUUCCCAGCUUUAAAGACUUUGGAUGCUGCUAUUGAUCCCUUGCCACUGGCGGUUGCUUAUUUGAGCAAAAAGCCUACUAGUGUGGUUAGUGAUUCUACAGUCCAGAAACCUAAGGGUGCUUAUAGACCGCCUCAUGCUAGAAGGAGUGGUGGUCCAAGUGUUGUUGGAACCACCUCUUUAGCUCAAAGAGAAUUAUCUCAAAGUGGUUCAUCUAAUGCUUCUCCUAGUGUUGCUGGUACUAAUGGUGGUGGAGCUUACGUUCCUGGUGCCACUAGAAGAGUUGUUCCAGGUGCACCUGUACCUGUUGUGCAAGAAAGCAAAGCAGCUGCCAAGAACCGCAAAAAGAGGGCUGCUAAAAAGGCUGCUCAUGAAGAUGAUGUGAGCCCCAGCCCAACCCCAACCCCAUCUUCUGGCCCCAAGGAAGAAGAAUCUGGUAGCGUUAUUGGAGGAGUUAUUUCUUACGAAGAAAAGCGGAUCCGCAGUUUGUUGAAGAAAUUACGUGCUAUUGAAACAUUGAAACUUAAGCAAGCCAAUGGUGAUCCUUUGGAAGAUACUCAAGUUUCCAAGAUUAACAAAGAAGGCGAAAUCAGACUGGAGUUAUUGCUGUUGGGAUGGAACGGAGAAACUUCAGCUUAA